AUGACUUCUCCUGUGCCCCGCGGCCUUCGCCAGGUCCUCCAGAAGUCCCCUUCAGAUAUCGUCAUUCUCUCCGCACUUCGUACACCAGUAACUCGCGCGAAGAAGGGUGGAUUCAAGGAUGCUUAUCCCGAAGAGCUUCUCACCCACGUCCUCAAAGCAACUCUCGAGGCGAACCCGAAGCUUGACCCAGCUCUGAUUGACGAUGUCGCUAUCGGCUCGGUCCUCCAGGAACUAGGCGGUGCCAAAGCAGGGCGCAUGGCUCAGAUCCACGCCGGCUUCCCCCACUCAGUGCCUUUCCACACGAUCAACAGGCAAUGCUCGUCCGGCCUGGCCGCUAUUACAGCCAUUGGUAAUGGAAUUCGGGCAGGUGCACUGAACGUCGGCGUUGGUGGUGGGAUGGAGUCUAUGACCCGAAACUACGGGUCACGUGCUAUCCCAACGGUAUUAUGGCCUGAAUUGAAAGAGUCGCCAUCCAAGGAUGCUAGAGAUUGCAUUAUGCCUAUGGGAAUUACUUCAGAGAACGUCGCCGCCCGGUAUGGUAUCUCGAGGGCGGACCAGGAUGCAUUCGCGGCCGAGUCACACAAGAAAGCUUCAGCUGCCCAAAAUGCUGGCCUGUUUGACGCCGAAAUCGUGCCAGUCAAGACCCUUUCUUUUGACUCUGAGAAUCCUGAUGCGGCUCCCAAGGAGAUUACCGUGACAAAAGACGACGGUAUCCGUCAUAACAUUUCUGCUGAGAAGAUGGCAACUUUGAAGCCUGCCUUCAAGGCAGAUGGCACUAGCACCGCUGGAAACAGCUCACAGGUCAGCGAUGGUGCCGCUGCUGCUUUGUUGAUGCGCCGUUCUACCGCUACGGAACUUGGUUUGACAGCUUCAAUCCAGGCUCGCUGGGUUGCCACCGCUGUAGCUGGAUGUGCGCCUGAUGAGAUGGGUGUGGGACCCGCAGUCGCCAUACCCAAGCUUCUUGAACUUGUGGGCAUGAACGUUUCCGACGUCGGUAUCUGGGAGAUCAACGAGGCUUUCGCAUCGCAGGCUCUUUACUCUGUGCGCAAGCUUGGAAUUGACGAGGCCAAGGUUAAUCCCAAGGGUGGUGCCAUUGCGAUUGGUCACCCCUUGGGUGCUACCGGUGCCAGGCAGCUCGCCACUUUGCUACCCGAGCUCCAACGCACUGGACAGGAUGUUGGUGUAGUCAGUAUGUGCAUCGGAACUGGCAUGGGUAUGGCGGGUAUGUUUGUUCGGGAGUAA